AUGUCCUCCCCAGCCGUCCCCUACCUCCACGUCCUCAGCGGGUUAGCAAAGCGACCCGAUGAAGAACACGUAGACAAGGCACGGGCUGCAAUCUGUGAUAGUCAUGAGGCGAUUGCCAAUAGUCCCAAACACCACUGCAUCAGACUAAUGCCGGGGAAGUACGCUGCGCGCGAAGCAUUCCUGAGGUCACGGAAUAUUGCGCCAGAGCAACCACCCCGCCUCAUGUUCGAUGCCAGAAUGAAUACAAUGCAAAUUAGCUCAAGGGGCCCUUUCCCACCACCGGAAGGCUCUAUCAGCCUCACUUCACCGAGUCCCGGCCCGAGUACAACCGGUAGUACCGCUGUGCCACACGUGGUUGAAUGGGAGUAG